AAAGUAUCAUUCGAGAAAAAACAUAAAUAAAAGGCGUAAGGUGCGCCGUGACAAACUGCUCUCCCCUACCGAUUUCAUGUAUGAUGGAAAGACCUCGCCGGGUCUACAGUAAUUCUCCUUUAAGGGCGACUUGAAACCGCCUGUACUGAAUAACAUUUGCUGUUCCAGUAUCUCCCCUCCGCUGUUGGUAUCCCGGAAGUACUCCGCCAUCUGGUCAGUGUCUGAUGUCUUGGAACCAAACUGUCUCCAAAUGAUUGAAGCCCACAGUAAGGUUUACAGCAUCCUUCUAUGUCUGGAGCCUGGGACGUGGGGCUGGGCGGCCUAGACGAGGAUGCCUUCCUGCAGUGUUGCGAGCUCUUCCUCCAGCACGCGCGCUCGCUAGAUGAUGGGUGGUCCUGGGGCCGCCUGAACGGGUCUGAUGAAGGAUUCCUGAAGAAAACUGUUCUGGUUACUGGGAAGAUCAACACAGAAGCCCCGGAUGGAACCUCCAGGCCAGCCGAGGACCUGGAUAUGCUAGGGGAGGACGUGCAGGACGGGGGCCCCGAUGAUGCAGAAGGGACACCAGCGCCCCCCAGUGCGGCAGCCGUGAUUCGCUAUGAGUACCAUGUGCUGUAUUCCAGAAGCUUCCAGACCCCGACGUUGUACUUCAGAGCCUCGACGUUAGAUGGCCGGUCGCUGUCCCUAGAAGAGAUUUGGGAUGGCGUUCACUCAAACUACAGACAGCGGCUGCUACACGCACCCUGGGACUCCAUCACUCAGCAGGAACACCCCCUCCUUGGGCAGCCCUUCUUUGUUCUCCACCCCUGCCGAACACAGCAGUUUAUGAGCCCCGUGCUUGAAGCCGCUCGCAACCAAAACAGAAGCCUGAACUACAUUGUGUCUUGGCUGAGCACCGUUGGGCCUGCGGUGGGGCUGCACAUCCCCCUCAGUUACGCCACUGCGUCCUCUGAACCCAGCGGGCUGGAUCCAGACUGAAGCGCCGCAGCACAGUAAGGGCAUCUGGGCCUUUCUCAGCAGUGUCAGAGCCUGUAACAGAACUCCGAACUGGGCUGUAACCAGAGAAUUGGACUGCGAACUGCUUCAGACUAGCCUCAGGCUUAUGUGGGGCCUGUUCUGCAUGCGCUGGACCCCUUUUCUUGUGUAAAUUAUAUCUCAUAACCAAGCAGGGGUUGUAAGUGCUCACUGCUGAUUUCUGCUGCAUGCUGUCAGCCUAAACAGAAGACUGUAGGUCAUUUCCCAGUGUCAUCUGUUAUUGUGAAUCAUCAGGUAAAAGGUGCUAUGUUAUUAUACUUUUUAACUGUCAAUUGUGUGAAUAGUGAUAUAAUCCAAAAUAAAAGUUCAAAACAAAUCCAUUCUUUCCACCCUGUUUCACACCCUGGAGGAUAAAAGAAUCUGACCUUGCAGGUUUGCAACUAAUCUAGUAAACAGGGUGUGCUGCUGAACUGGUAAAAACAAUGUUAAACUAAUUCAGUUUAUCUGUUUAUCAGUUUGCUUUAUUUCUUAUUUAACAUUCCCCUAAUCUUUUCAGUAUUUUGUGUUUUUGAAAAAUUGAAAAUGGUUGGGUGUUUCAUGCAUAUAGGGGUGUUUGUGUGUACAGUAUACGUAUGUGCUGUGUAUACCUGCCUUUGUGUGUAUAAGUGCGUGCUGUGUAUACCUGCCUUUGUGUGUAUACGUAUGUGCUGUGUAUACCUGCCUUUGUGUGUAUACGUGUGUGCUGUUUAUACCUGCCUAUGGUGGGUAUACGUGCGUGCUGUUUAUACCUGCCUUUGUGUGUAUGCGUGCACGUGUCAUCCUCCAUGUAUGUGUGCAGGUGUGUGGGAGAGAAGGGGCAGAUUCAGCUGGGUGUGAGGAGCUCCGGGAUACAGCAGUGAGGGGGUGGGGGGUCUAUUUUGGGCGCGUGCGUAAUGCAGCAGUGAAAUCAGGGAGGAGAUCCUCCCAGCGAUGCACCAGUGCCACUAAAUCAGGAGAGGGAACAAAGGCAGUGAGGUGACAGUCCCUUUCUGCGGGGAGGGUCUCAAACUGCAUGAGCAAGAAGGCAUUUCUGCCCAUGAAAAAUUUAAUUUUUAUGUAUAUCUGUGUUAAAAUCCAAUGAGACACUGGCUACUGGAUGGAAGAAAUGCUAUUUAUUCAUUUUACUAUUGCUUUAAUUUUAAUUUUACAGGGUCGUUUAGUCAAGGUAAACUGCAUGUAAAAGAGCUAAACUUUAAACAUUGUGUUAUGUGUCUCAAUGCAAUGUAAUGUGGGGCAGAAUGCAAUUCUAACCAAUCACAUGGUAGUCCUUUAAGAACGGAUAACCAAUAAACAUACAGAAAGGUUGACUGAGUUAGCAGAGCGCGCCACAUGCUACUGCUUUGGUAAUUUAAUGAAAGAGCUGAACGCUUUCUUGGUGUUAACUUGGUUGGUGUCAGAGACGCGGAAGAAAGUGAAAGCUCAGCAAUCACAUCAUCUCUUUAAAAAGGAUAUGAACACGGUAAUAAUACGUCAUUAGUGGGCCAGUACUCUGGCAAUUUAAAGUCUGACACGCAACAGACAGGUGAUGUUCACUGUAAAUUCUGUCGUGUGCCAACGGGAACUGGAAAUACUGCAAACUUAUUUCCCAACUCUAAGUACUACCAUCCAAUAGACUCACAGACUGCAGCAAUUAGGGUUUCCACUUUCAAUCUGAAGAAAUACGGGACAAAUCACAUCCCGUAUUGGUUCAAUAAUUUUACAUUUCAGAACGGGACGUGAGGCAACCAGAGGUCAACGCUACGCCGAAUUCUGAGGGACGUUAUGAAUUAAUUUUUUAUUUUUUUUGCUCACCACCAGCAUAUUAUUGCCACACUGGAGGUACCCAUCAGGCAUGUUGUCCCCAACCCUGUAAAUUAUAUAGUUUCCUUUAUCAGUCAUGUAUUGCAGUGUUACUGUACUGUAUGUAAUGUCAUGUGUAAUGUUGAUUCUUGUAAAUAGUGGUACGUGUGUGGCCCCCGGGUGUUGGGGUGGUGGGGGCGUCCAGCGCGGUGGGCAGUGUGUGUCGUGAGUGGUGGGUGUUAUAUGUCUGUAUUCGAUCCUCCUAAGUGCUGUAAAUAAAGAGCGAUUCUGUUCAACCAAA